UCCAGGGAAUAAGGUAAGCUAACUGCGAGCGAAGGAAAAAGGAAAGCUCAUUACCGGGUGCGGCGAUGCACUUUAGCCAACUACAAAAAAGUGCGUAAGUUAAUGUACUUCUUUUAACCGUCAUUCACUAGAGAAGAGGAAACACAUCCGAGAGAAACAAGGACUACGAGUUAAAAACAGCGAAAUCACGGGAAUCAACAGAUGGAAAUCAGGAAGGUCAGCGACUUAGACUCAAAGUUUGGGAGCUACUGAGCAGACUGUGUGAAAAGGCUUUGAAUAAACAAAAAGGAGGCAGGAAAAUGACCUAAUUAGCGACAGGCGUGACGGACAACUUGGUGCAAAUGUGUUGGUGGUAAUUUCCCCAGUUUCACCCGCAAGGAAGACCCAUGCAUCAGCGCACAUACACGUACAACACAUUUACAAACCCCGCCCUUCCCUUCCUGCCAUCCGCCCCAGUCCUCCAUGGAAUCCUACAACUUCCACUUUGAGAGAAUGAGCAACGUGGACCUGCAUCCUCUGAGCCUGUCCGUCAGCCGGCUCUCCCCAGCCAAGUCCAACAGCAGCAUCGCCGACCAACUUGCCCACCACCAACACGGCAAAGGAGACUCUGCCUACAGCUCCUUCUCUGGUGGGUCCACUGCCCCAGACUACCCCUCCCCCUUUCUCCCAGACGACCUACAGUCCAGCUCCUUCACCCACUAUGCUGAUCUUAAGUACGUGAAGUCUAUUUACCAUCCGACCCAGGUUCUGCAGUCUGACUCAAAGACCAUGGACCAGCUCUAUUGCUCUGUGGAAGCUAUCUCACAGCAGUUCCGCAACAAUACCAGCACCAAUGUAAACCACCACAAUGGCAACGACAGUUUCCGUACCAACAACAAAGCACUCUCUAAAAAAGCUGUGCAUUUGGGGCCACCAUCCCAAGGUGCUUACCCUCCUGUCCGUCCUCCUCCAAUCCCAGCACGCCUGGAUAGUUUCAUAGCAACAAAAAACUUGGAAAACAGCAGGGUCCACCAUCAAGGUACUGAGUUUCAACCCCAGCAGCCACAGCCUCAACAACAGCCCAGACCCCACAAUCGACUCCAUCCACAGCCCCAUGGUCUGAAUGCCCCAAAACCUGAAACGGCUAACCCAGAUACAGGAAAAUCAAGCUUCAAUUCUGACCCAGUGUACUCAGUUUGGAGGGGCUCUCAACAGCCACAGGCCCAGCAGCCGCCAAGCUACCGCCCCCACCUCCAGCAAAACGAUGAGACCAGGGCGGCGUUAAACCCAGAAUACCUUUUCAUCACAGAUAGCAAGGUUGCCUCUGAGCAGCAGAAAUCAACAAACAUCCUAAGUCGAUCACCUCCCCUAGGAACAAGUCAGCCUGAGCACCUGAAACCCAGAGAGCCUUCGAGCAGUGGUGGAUGUAAUGAAGACCAUCACAACAAGCCAAGUGGAACCACUAGCCAUUUUGAGAGUCAGCGCCAAAGGGCACACUCGGCCCAUGGUUGGCUGGGUUCAGAGCCAAGCCGAGCUGCCAGCCCCUGGAAUGCUGGUCAGAGUUUUGUCAACAGCAGCAUCCAGCAUAAGGGUCAGUUCUACUUUGUGACGGGAGUGUGUAAGCUGUCUGAAUCUGGUAUGAGGACACACUCUGCAUCUGUGUCUGGGUCUGAGGCUGGGAGUGAGAGCUCCACUGUGUUGGAGACACACCGGCUAAGAGAAAAAGAAAGAUGUCACAGCACAAUGGAUAAUUUGUUUAGACCUCUCCAAGAGAGCUCUCGCUCUUCCAGUGGUGUGAUUCCAGAUGAGAGAGAGACUUUCACGUCCCAGAGCAAGGACCUGUCCUCCAGAAGCCAGGAUCAGGAGAAUCAAAGACUAUCCCUCAUCUCGACGCAGUCCUCUCCAAACUUUGACAGCUUAGAAGAAAUCGACAUGAUGCAGAUUCGAGAUAUUGGCCGCCACACUGCCAACAACCCUAUAUUCUACUGUGGACCUGACAGAAACUGCCCACCACAUUCAACUAAACAAACAAGCGAGUUCACCUCACUGAUAAACAAUGAACAGUCCAACCAACACAAGAGAGAGGAGCAGGCAAAGAGAGGGAAACGGCAGCCUUUGGGGGAUGUAGCCAGCGAGAAAAUAAACAAAGAAACUACCCCGCUUCUUUACCACCUUACCGGAGCCGGCAGGGCAGCGUUACAGCCUAAAAAGGAUGCUGAUUUCAGUAUAAAAAGCAAGGAAGCAAUCCCAAACAAAACAGGUCAUGGAGACGUGGCUACUAGCGAUAAGCAGAGACCUCCAAAAACUGACACGAGCAAGAACGAUAGAGGGGAAGUUAUCUCUGUUGACUGUAACACCCUGGACGACUCAUUUAAAAAGUACUACAAAGAAAAGCUGAAGGAUGCCCAGUCGAAAGUCCUAAGGGAGACGUCAUUUAAAAGGAGAGACUUGCAGCUGUCAUGGACACACCGUAUCAGGCAAAAACCGGAGCUGAGACCUACAGUGAUUCACACUUUCACCCCAUCACAGGACUCUGAGACUUCCACAGAUACACUCACUCCAUCUGUGACCUCUGAGGAAACAGAGAGGGGGAGCAUAAAAGAAGACGUCAGGGAGAGACAGGAGGAGAUGGACAAAGAGACUAAAAAGGAAAACGGGAGACCAGCGAAUGUGGCCAUGCCCCAGGUAGCACGUAUCGGAGGCAGGAGGCGAUUGACUCCAGAGCAAAAGAAGAUGUGCUACUCUGAACCAGAGAAACUCAACCAGCUUGGUGAUGCACCCAUCCACUCUGCAUGCCGCUCCUUUGGCAACGAAAAUGACAACCCGUUUGCAGUUGAAUGCGAGGGAGAGGAACGUGUGCAGCAAGGAGAGCAGGGACUGGUUGCAGCACGGAGGAAGAUGUUUGAGACAAGAGGUAGAGCGCUUUCAGCCUCUAGUGCUUCAAAGACAAACUUAAAACAUCUGCAACAGAAGGCCCUGGCGGAGUACAUGGAGCGUAAGACGGGCCAGAAAGUGGCUGAGCCACAGCAACCAGCGCUUCAGAUACCAUCUCCAUCCAGACAGAGGCAUUCUCUGGGGGAGAAACCCUUUGACUGGGGUCACAGGCCUCUAUCAGGAAAUCAUGAAGGCAGAAACACCAAGAAGAAACUCCACAGACCCCACUCUGCAGGCCGCAUCCUUGACUCUUCCACCAGCUCAAUCAGGUACGCCCAGUUCUUCUCAGCUCAGUCUUGUUCGGGCCAAUAUGCCGGCCAGUCAAAUCAACCCAAAUGGAGGGAGAGUCAAGGUCCAUUUCACGGGAAGUCUGCCUCAGUGGAGAGUCUGUUGGACCAGCCAGAACCACCUAGUUUCCUCAGGAACAGAUCCACAUCCACACCACAUGCGUUUCAGGCACUCGACUAUGAGGAGGAUCCAUUACCAGUUACUAUGGAAACCUGGAGUCCCCAGAUGGAUGCCACUGAGGACUCCUUAAUUAAGCCGCCGCCUGAGGGCCAUCAGAGGGUCCGUGUGGUCGCACAGAGGGGGAAGUCCAUGGAGGAGCUUGGGGCAUCAAAGUUAACAAGACCAUCAGCCCUUAGUAAAAGUUCGGAGCAGCUAGAUCAACUGUGGAGGGAUUCGACUGGACCAGGAGGACCGGACAGAGACAAGAUGAGUGUUUCAUUCUUUGCCGAAGUCAGAGAAGCCCAGGGGCAGGACGGCGGGAGGAAGAAACAAAAUCGAACAGAGCAAGCGGGAAAAGAACCAGAGAUCGUUGGUCAGAAGAACACUCCGGGACAGACACAAAACCAAACUCAGAAAAAGUCCUUGUUGAAGCAGAACUCCGAACCUGGGGAGGAUGCCACAGCAGGAACAAGGAACUCAAGUAGAUCCAUCUCCCCGGCAGCCUCCUGCUCCUCUGCCCGGGCCAGGGUUCACUCUGGAUCUCCUGGUUCGCACGGACCGGUCACAGAUGAGUUCAGGUCCAGUGGACUGCCCAGUGAGACUUCAUCUGACCCACCUUCCCCCAGAUGUCUAGAGACCAGUGAGAGGGGGAUCAAAUCCACUUCGUCCACCCCCACCCAGACAAAGCUUCCUUGUGAAAACAGGCCAAGCUCCAGUAGAGUCAGGACUUCUCCGUCUGUGACUGGAUCAGAGAGAGAGCAGUCGGUGGAUGAACCAAGCGCUGACGCCCCACAGCCUGACUCCAACCAUGAAGUGUCUCUGAGCUGCGGUGUCACCACAGAUCCAUCGCUGUGGAUUCUUCCUCCAGAGGAAGAGAUCAAAGACGAACACCAGACUUCGCCGCUGAUAGACAACGUUUUUGACGACGAGCCCACCAGCUCGGCCCCGCCAACGCAGACAAGUGAAAGCUCUGUGUCUCCCUGCACCUCCGUCUCUGAUGCAGACACCAGUCAGCAGGCGGAGGAGGAGGAGGAGAAUCCAGAAACGGAAGAUGAGAAGUCGGGAGAAAGCCAGGAGAUGGAGGAGAGGGGAACACCGGAGGGAGAGACGGAGAGCGUGGAGAAGCCUGCUGAGAGACCUCAGUGGAAGGAGCUGGUAGAAGCGUUGGUCGAGGCCGACCGAUCACUGGCCAGAGUGCUCUACCCACUGGCCAAUCGUAAGACGGCACUGAUGCUGAUGGAGCAGCUGCUGUCAGAAGACACGCUGCUGAUGGAGGAGCACUACAAGAAGAAACAGGAGCAGAAAGGAGCUUCAGAAAGUGCUGAAACGGUCGAAGGGGCUGAGCCACCUCCUUGUCCUUCUGUUCCUGACAGCCUGAAACCUCAGUGUACAGACCUGCAGAGCAAAGCUGACAUCACUGAGAAAAAGCGUCUCUUAGCGUCCUAUAUCGAGGAGCGUCUGCGUUCGCUGGAAGAGACACGUUGUGCCCUGCAGACGGAGAUUCAGGAGAACGUGGCCCAUGGAGAGGCCCUGCAGGUGCUGGUCCGUGAGCGCUGUUUGCCCGUGGAGCUGGAGAGGUACAACCUGUUCAUAGGAGACCUGGAGAGGGUGGUUAACCUGUUGCUGUGCCUCUCUGCUCGGCUGGCCAGGGUGCAGAACGCCCUGAGCACCGUGGACCAAUACACUGAUGCCGAGGAGAAGCAAUCUCUGGACAGUCGCCACCGUCUGCUGUGCAAACAGAGGGAGGACGCCAAAGAUCUGAAGGAUAACCUGGACCGGAGAGAGAACCUGGUCUCCACCUUUCUGUCACGUCAGCUGUCCGCCGAGCAGCUGCAGGACUACCGGUGCUUCAUCCAGACCAAGGCCUCGCUGCUCAUCCGACAGAAGGACCUGGAGGAGAAGCAGAGGCUGGGAGAGGAGCAGCUGGAGGGCCUUUCCAACAACCUGCAUCUGUGAAGGGAGGAACACGAAAGCACAGAUUCCUCCUUUCGUUUCUUUUCUUGACUUGCCUUAAAGGAGGACUGGCUUAUUUUAAAAAGACUGUAAAAGACAUGUAGAGAGUUUUGGCUGUACAUCUCACUUGGAUUAUAAGUGGUCCAUUUGAUGUCUUCAACCCUUUUCACCCUGUCAUGACUUUCUUUUAUUCUUUAAAAGAGUUUGACAGGGCUACUGGGGAACCCACCAUGCCUCUUGCUGCUCUCCUGUCAUACUAUAUAGGCUGCACAUGAGAUGAGCAAUAAAGACUGUUGAGCUCCUUUCUGUCAUCUGUCGAGGGUGCCCAGAACACUCACCCAAUCUCCGCCCAGUGUCAGUCUGCACAAUCUGCAAUGUGUACCUGGAGGCUUUUCCCAAUGUGACGCACAUUGAGCUGUUUUUAUGUGUGCCUUGAUGUUGGUGUUGCUGUGGAACAUUUUCCAUUAGAGCUGCUGUGUGGAAACUUUGCGUCCCUUGUUAGCAAUUCAGCAACUGUCCUUCACUUUUUCAAUAAGAUGGUAGUGCUACAGCCCUGUAUCUGCACCUGUGGAAACCUAUUAUAAGCUUUAAGAUUGUAUUUUGACCUGUGAGAAGGGUUCAGUGAAAGAGCGUAGCCUGAGACAGGGGCGGUUUACUGUAUCAUGUCAGUAAAAUGUAUAGCAGAUUGAAUCGUUUUUGUUUUUGUAAAUGUUCCUUUUUUUUUUUUUUUUUUUAAAUGUGUUUCAAAUUAAGGCACUAAAAACCAAAAAGGGUGAAUGAAAAAAGCACUUUUUAAUGAUACAUAAAUGCACAUUUCUUCAAAUCAGAUAGUACAAAUAGACAAGUAAUUUCAAGUGAAAGCCUUACUCCAUCCAUUUAAACAAUAUUUCUAUUCUUUUGUUUUGUCUUAAAUUUUAAAUAGGAAUGUUUGAAAUAUUCUUUCUUUAAAAAAAAGUACUUGAGCAGACCCAGCAACAUUCAGCAUUGUGUACAAAUACCUUUCCAGCUAAUUUCAUACGUAAUGUUAUUAAGUCUUGAUGAUUUCAUGCUGGAAAGGUUCCUUAUAAGGAGGUGCUAAACCUCUUUAAAGCAGAUUAUAAUAUAAGCAACAAUUAUAUCACUGAGUAUUUUCUCCCAAUGUCCCUUUGUCGCACACGUGACAUGCGAUACUUGAAAUACUUUUGUAUUGAAGAAGAAAGUCCACAAUCUUCACUUCAGGUGUGUUAAACUAAUUUUCUAUUCUCUACCUCCACUGUGUAGGCCCUUUUAGACAUGAGUAACAUUUAAGUUUAUUUGAUUGUACACAGUAGUUAAAAAAGCUCUUGUUGUUAGCCCUGAAUGAAAACACGCUCUUAAAUGACUUUCCCCCUAAUUUAAAAGAAAAUCUCACAUUUUAAAAACUGCACGUGUUUUUACAUUAAUAUUUGUCAUUAGUUUUUGUAGUCUUAUUCAUUUCUCUUUACUGAAUCUUCAACCAGAUGCAUCGGAGAGCUGUUUAAGAGUGAUGUGAGCUGUUGUCAGCUCUAUGUCAGAAUAUUUGCUGUGUGUGUGUAUGCUUGAAAUAAUGAAUGUCUUAAUUUCAUGUGUAUAGAGAAUAGUUGUUGAACAGAAAGACAGAAUUCCUCUCGGAGUUUGCCGUUUUCAACAAAGCUCCUAGGAAGUCGUAAAGUGAUCAAAAUGUUAUUGUCCCUCAGGAAAUAAUACCUGUUGGCUGUACUAAAAAAAUUUAAAAUAAAAACUGAUCCAGUGUAUGGGUUGACUGGGUUGACUGAGGCAGAGCAUCAUUAGUAGCCUCUUCCCAUAAAAAAAAAAAAAAAAAAAACUUACCCUAAAACCCUACUCACUAACUCAAAAUGUAAAAAAAUAAAUAAACUGGAAACUCUUUUACAUUGAAAGAUAUUUUCAGUUUCUUUGGUAAACAGUUUCUCCCCCCCUUCCACCACCCCUACAGCAUUUCUCUGGAGAUUUACCACCCUGUCCGUUUCAGUUUGCUAAACAAAUGUAUGUUUGUUUUGGCCUUUGUGCUGACUCAGGGCAGAAGGGUUAGAAGGACUCUCGUGUUGUUCCACGCAGCCUGCUGGAAUUCCUGAAGUAUGCAACAUUUUGGAGAAAGAAAGACUGUGGGGGAGAAAGUGAGGAAAAUGUUCCCAUUGAGGAGAAGCAGCACAUGGAUAAAUACUUAUUUUAGUCCUUGCUAUGUGUGCAUACAGUACUUAAAAACAUUUGACAGCUUCUUGAGUCAUUUCUUGUUUCUGUGAUUCAAUCAAAGCGGUGUUUUGUUGAGGUCGCUGAAAAAUGGGCCUGUUUUUGAAGUAGGAUUAGUUUGUUUCAAAUACUGGAAGCGUGUAACACUGAUAAGAACAGAAUCUAUUUUAAAGCCAAGAAGAAAAGACAUUUUACACUGAGUCCCCAGUUGGUGGGAUGACAGCAGAGACAUUUCUAAAUCCACUUUUUCUGCUCUAUUUCACACCUGUUUUCUGUUGAGUUUGAGUUGUUUUUGUGCCUGUUUGGAGUUGUAAAUUCUAUGUUUGUAAUAUUGUGAAUAAAUUAAGCUCUCCCUCUA